GGCGACGUGACGCAGGCGAUGUGACGCAUAUGUUGCCGACGGUGCUGCCAGAAGCUUCGCGGCUUUACGUGACGACUUGACUUCGGCGCUCGGCAGCCAACACGAAGACCUGACGCGUAGCAGGACGCGUAGAUCGACGCAGAGACCAGGAUCUCCCGCAGCGGCCUGCAUGUUAGUCUAAUCCCUCGCCCUGGCUACUAACAGCCUGCGCGGCAUGGCGUCAGGCGUCAGCGACGACAACGACGAGAUCGGUCGCAACAAGAGAUGCCCAGGAGCCGGCGACUGCACGGAGGACGACGAUGAUGGCGAGAUCGGCCGCAAUAAAAGCUGCCGAGUUGCUGGCGACUGUACGGAGGAUGACGGCGAGAUCGGCCUCAACGAAAGAUGCCGAGGAGCGGACGACUGCACGGACAACGACGGCGGCGAGAGCGGCCGAAACAAGAGGUUUCGAGUUGCCGCCGACUCUAUGGGCCACAACGGCGAGAGCGGCGACGGCACCAGCGAGGAUCAUAUGUACGACGACUGGGACGAUGAAGAAGAUGAGGAAACCAAGGACGACUCAUGCUCGGCGCGCGAGAAGGAGCAGAGGUACAUCGUUCUGACCGAAGAUGUUGUCCGCGCACGGCAAGAGGCGGACACGGCCAAGGUCGCUGAGGUCCUGUCGAUCCCGUCGGGAUUCGCGGCCGUCCUGCUGCGGCACUUAAAGUGGAGAGCAGGGCGGGUUCAGGAGGAGUGGUUCUCUGGCGACCGGCGCGUCCGCGACGCCGUCGGUCUGCCGGCGGGAGGCGACCCCGUGCCCACGGCGCUCAACAGCCGGCGGCUCAUCUGCGCCAUAUGCUUCAAUGGUUACUCCGCCGGACGGAUGAGAUCAGCGGGGUGCUACCACUACUACUGCGAUGAUUGCUGGCGCGGGUACAUCCGUGUGGCGGUGGACGACGGCCCGCGAUGCCUGUCGCUGCGGUGCCCGGACCCCUGCUGCUCGGCCGCCGUCGUCCAGGAGCUCGUCAGCGAGGUGGCCGAGGACGCCGACAAGGCCCGGUACGCGCGAUUCGCGCUCCGGUCGUACGUGGAGGAGAGCGGCGGCAGGAUCAAGUGGUGCCCCGGCCCCGGGUGCAGCCGCGCCGUCGAGUUCCUCGGCUGCGCCGGCGACGCGAAGGACGUGUUCUGCGAGUGCAAGCACGGCUUCUGCUGGAGCUGCGGCGAGGAGGCGCACCGGCCGGUGUCUUGCGGCACGGCACGCGCUUGGCUGCUCAAGAACAGCUCAGACUCGGAGACGGCAAAUUGGGUGGUGGCCAACACGAAGCACUGCCCCAAGUGCCAGCAGCCGAUCGAGAAGAACCACGGGUGCAACCACAUGAGGUGCCGCUGCGGCCACCGGUUCUGCUGGAUCUGCCUUGACCCGGCCGGAGAUGGAAAUCACUACAGCUGCGAAGGCUACCGUCCGCAGCUGGACAAGGCCGACGCGGGCGGCAAGGUCGAGACCAAGGAGGAGGAGAGGAAGCGGCAGGCCAAGGCGUCGCUGGACAGGUACCUAUACCACUACGAGCGCUGGGCGGCCAACCACGCGUCGCUGCAGAAGGCGCUCGCGGACAUGGACCAGCUAGAGCACUCCGGGUUCGAGGAGAUGGCCGCCGCGCUGGACAUCCGAGCCAAGGACCUCCAUUUCCUGACCGAGGCGUACCACCAGAUCACCGACGGCCGGCGGGUGCUGCGGUGGGCGCACGCGUACGGGUACUACCUGGACCCGGAGCGCGACGCGGCCAAGCGCGCCCUGUUCGACGACCUGAAGAACCAGGCCAACCGGCUGCUGGAGCGCCUGCACUGCUGCGCCGAGCUGGAGAGGAAGGAGCUCUUCUGCGCCGACGGCGAGGCCUCCAUCGCCCGCGAGCUGCUGAAGUACUACAAGGAUAAGGUCGUGAACCUCACCGCUGUGGCGCGCAUCUUCUUGGACAACCUUGUGAAAGCGUUUGAGACCGACCUGCCGGAGUUCAACUCAUUGAACUAGCAGCUAGGGGAUUCCUCCCCCCUUUCAAUGUCAUAGCUUACAAUGUCAUGUGUUGAAGGCCAUGCCUUUUGUUUUAGGAUAAACCCACGAUAUACUACUGAAUAAUUGACUAAUCCUUAAUAUGUUAUCUAUUAUGAGGAUAACAUGUGAGACAA